GAAUGCCUUACUAAUGGAAGAGUAAAUCAAACUUGGGGAAAUUUCCUUCAUCUUUUUCUUCUCCUAAAAUACGAACAAAAAAUAAUUAAAUGUAUUAUGUAGUUGUCCUUUUCUCGCCCCGGGAACAGAGUUAGUUAAAUGUGGUGGUUUUCCGCUCAUCUACUUCAUCCAACUCUUCCUUCUAUCAAUUUCAGACGCUUCUAUAAAUUAAAUUCCAUCCUUUACUUCACGCCACUCCCUCCCCUCUUCUUCUAUUUCUGAGCCAAACCCAACCUUUGGGUUCACCAUUUUCGUUUCAGAUUCCAAGCAAAACCUUUCUAAACGAACAUGGGUUUUUGUCUACUGGAGCACCUCAAGACUCAGCCUUUCUGGCUCGUUGUGCUUUUCACUCUGGGUUCUCUCUCUGCUCUCAGAUUCUCUUUAGCUUUCCUCCAAUGGGUCUAUGUCAAUUUCCUCAGACCUGCUAAGAAUCUCAAAAAGUAUGGAUCUUGGGCACUCGUCACUGGACCCACUGACGGCAUUGGCAAAGCCUUCGCCUUUCAAUUGGCUCGUAAAGGGCUCAAUCUGGUCUUGGUGGGUCGCAACCCAGAAAAGCUCAAGGACGUCUCAGAUUCAAUCCUGGCCAAAUACGGCAAAACCCAGAUCAAGACCGUCGUGGUUGAUUUCACUGGUGACCUUGACGAUGGUGUUAAGCGCAUUCGUGAGACCAUUGAAGGAUUGGAUGUGGGUCUUUUGGUUAACAACGUUGGGAUAUCGUACCCGUACGCUAGGUUCUUUCAUGAAGUGGAUGAGGAACUGUUGAAGAACUUGAUAAAGGUCAAUGUUGAAGGCACUACAAAAGUUACUCAAGCUGUUUUGCCAGGGAUGCUUCAGAGGAAGAGAGGCGCUAUCGUCAAUAUUGGGUCUGGUGCUGCGAUUGUGAUCCCCUCAGAUCCUCUCUAUGCUGUUUACGCAGCUACAAAAGCGUAUAUUGAUCAGUUCUCUAGGUGCCUCUACGUUGAAUACAAGAAAAGUGGGAUUGACGUUCAGUGUCAGGUUCCAUUGUAUGUGGCAACAAAGAUGGCAUCUAUUAGGAGAUCUUCCUUCUUUGUACCAUCAACUGACGGUUAUGCCCGGGCAGCUCUGCGCUGGAUAGGGUAUGAACCUCGUUGCACUCCUUACUGGCCCCAUACGCUUCUUUGGGCCGUGGCAUCCUCAUUGCCAGAGUCUGUUGUUGACGCAUGGCGCCUGCGAUUUUGCCUGGCUAUUCAAAAGAGGGGACAACUCAAAGAUUCCCGGAAGCAAGAAUAGAUGACAGAACAUUCUUAUGUUUUUCUGUUUGGGCCGCUUGGUAGGGAAUGCUGUUUGGUGCAACGGAUUAGGAGGACUUCUGAAAGCUGAUCGUAUGCUAAGACUUCAGUUUAUGUUUAAUGUUUUAAAAUUCCAUGGUCUUUGUUAAUUAAUGAUCAACGGCGUUUUUUUUUUAAAAAAAAAAGUUCCUUACCCAAAAAAAAAGCAAAUAGAUAGAUGUUUGUCUGUUCGCCCUAUUUAUUCUUGUUGAUUCCUUGAGCUGCAGUCGUUGAAAUAGCCACAUAGUUUGUACUUUAUGGCUCUUUGUUGUUGUAAACUUGUAACUUGAAAUGGGGUUACGUUUCUAAAGAUCCAUUAAUUCAAAACGACUGAGGAGAACAAAAGAUGGUUAACAUAA